AUGCUUACAUACAUUAUCGACUGGAGGUCCCGAGACUACGCUCUCAUCGUGCAGAACCAGCGGGCGACGUUCAGCAUCCCGGACCUGCACGACGGCCAGUGGCACAUGGUGGUCCUGACGUGGCGGAGCAGCGACGGGCAGUGGACGGUGGCCGUGGACGGGCAGGACCGAGCGAGCGGCCGAGGACUCGCGAUGGGCCGCACCAUCCGGCCCGGCGGUACCUGGAUCCUCGGGCAAGAUCAGGACUCCUUCGGAGACAGGUUUGAGGCGAGCCAGGCGUACGCGGGAGACCUUGCUGAGUUCCACGUGUUUCGGGACGUGCUAUCAGACCAGGACCUGCGCUCCCUCUACACGCUGCAGAAGACUGGUGACGUCAUCGACAUGAGGACUAGUCAGACGAACGUCCGCGGCUCAGUCAGGCCAGCGGCCUACUCAGCUUCACUUCGUUUGUCGUUUGGUAGAGAAGGAGUUAUUUCCGGUGGAACAGGUGGGAUCACGUCGAAUCUUCCUAGCGGCCAGACACCGGGUGCCGGAGGUUCAGUCUACAUGAUAACCUUCCCCCAGCCCGGCUCCACCCAGAACUUCGCGCGCAUCUCCAGCGACUACCCGUUCAACCCCAGCUCCUUCACCGUCUCCUUCCUCAUGCGUGUCCCGUCCGGCAAGCCCGGGACAGUCUUCUCCUACGCCACGGAGCAGCAGACGCGGGAGGUCGCCUUUCUGGCGCCGCUGAACAGGAACACGUACGCCCUCGUGGUCAACAACCAACAGGCUGACGUCAACAUCCCUGAAGUGCUGGACGGCCAAUGGCACGUCGUGGUGAUCACGUGGGAGAACACGUACGGCCAGUGGACGGUUCACGUGGAUGGACAGCAAAGAGCGUCAGGGUCGUCCCUAGCAACGGGCCAUACCAUCCGGCCCGGGGGUGUGUGGACCCUCGGCCAGUCACUCGGCGACACCGCUGGGUUUGAUCAGGAGUUCUUCACCGGAGACCUGUCGGAGUUUAGGGUGUUUGACACCGCCCUCCCCCCUGAGAGCAUGAGGAACCUUUACACGUUCGAGCUGCCGGGAUCUGUCAUCAACUGGCGGGACCUGAAUCCCUCCACCCUCACCACAAAUGGUAGAGUCAGCCGAGUGCCGUAUAGACUAUCAACCAGUGUUACUACAGGUCCAGGCGGAACGCGGGUUGUCUUCGGCCCGUCGACUGGUGCAGGGCCUGUUACUGGAGUGGGACCUGGCACUGGAAGCAGACCAAGCAUCCCUACUGAUGUGAGGCCAGUGAUUUCUCAAGCCACGCGCAUGCUCUCCUUCCCGGCACCCCGUUCGGUCAGCAACUACGCGCAGGUGGUGGGCAGCAGGACCUUUAACCCCUACGCCUUCACCGUCUCCUUCCUCAUGAGAACACCGGUGCGAGACACCGGCACCAUCUUCUCCUACGCCACCCCCCAGCAGCCUCACGAGCUGGCGUUCGUUGGUCAGGAGGGGUCACGUGACUACACACUCGUCGUCAACGGCGAAGAGGCCACAGUCAGCAUCCCACAGGUACUGGACGGGAACUGGCACGUGGUGGCUAUCCUGUGGCAGAACUCGGACGGUCAGUGGCGCGUCAUGGUGGACGGGCAGGAAGUCACCUCUGGUACCGGCCUCGCCAGGGGACACACCGUCAGGUCUGGCGGUACGUGGAUCCUGGGCCAGGAGCAGAACACCAUGGGCGCCAGCUUCCGUCAGAACCGCGCGUACGUGGGCGACCUGGCGGAGUUUAACGUGCACUACAACACGUUGCCUCCCGCCGACAUGACACGGCUGUACUCGCUGCAGUACCCGGGCGACGCGCUGAGCUGGAGGAGCGACACCAUCAGUCCCAGCGGGCCUGUAGGGCUGCGGACCUACCAGCCAAAUCUCCGCGUGACUUCAGACAGCAGAGGAGGUGCGCGAGUGACUUUCGGUGAUUCAACAACCGGUACAGGGACAGGUCCGUCUACAGGGACUGGAACAACAGGAGGCAGCGUAUCCGUCCCCACAGGAAUGUUCGUCAUGAACUUUCCGGAGCCCGCGUCUACGGACAACUACGCUGAGCUGAGAAGCGACAGUCCCUUUAGUCCGGACUCCUUCACCAUCUCCUUCCACAUGAGAACACCAGCCAGAGAUACCGGCACCAUCUUCUCUUACGGCACCAGGCAACAGCCGCACGAGAUCGGCUUCAUCGGAAAGAGGGGAUCUCAAGACUACACCUUCAUUGUUGACGACCAGAAAUCUGAUGUCAGUAUUCCCGAAGUUCUGGACGGCCAAUGGCACAUCGUGGCCAUCACGUGGAGGAACUCAGACGGACAGUGGAGGGUGAUGGUGGACGGAGAGGAGAGAGCUUCCGGAUCCGGUCUGGCGCGAGGCCACAGGAUCCGUCCCGGCGGCACGUGGAUUCUCGGCCAGGAGCAGAACACUGUCGGCUUCCUGCCGGGCUUCCAGCGGUACCGGGAGUACUCAGGAGACCUGGCGGAGUUCCAUGUGCACAACAAGGUGCUGUCAGCCGAGGAAAUGCGGCGGCUGUACACGCUGCAGUAUCCUGGGGACGGGGUGAACUGGAGACGAGCGACCGUCACACCGAAAGGACGCGUUCUGCGGAAGCCCUAUGCAGCGACAAUGCGUGUGAGCGUGGACAGUAGAGGCGAGUCGCGUGUGAUCUUCGGCGAUACAGCUACAACAGCAACUGGCACAGGGACCUCAGCGGGAACACCGAUAACUACGGGAGACAGGGGCUCUGACCCGACAGGUACGUCAUCUAACUACAUACAUACAUCGUACAUCCCCUUUUCUACAGGCAUAAUCCUCUUGAACUUCCCCGAGCGAUCUCCUGACAACUAUGCUGAGCUGAAGAGCGACAGUCCCGCCAGUCCGGACUCCUUCACCAUCUCCUUCCACAUGAGAACACCAGCCAGAGAUACCGGCACCAUCUUCUCUUACGGCACCAGGCAACAACCACAUGAGAUCGGUUUCAUCGGAAAGAGUGGCUCUCAAGACUAUACCUUUAUUGUUGACGACCAAAAAGCUGAUGUCAGUAUUCCAGAAGUACUGGACGGCCAAUGGCACGUUGUGGCCAUCACGUGGAGGAACUCAGACGGACAGUGGAGGGUGAUGGUGGACGGGGAGGAGAGAGCUUCCGGUUCCGGUCUGGCACGAGGCCACAGGAUCCGUCCUGGUGGCACGUUGAUUCUCGGCCAGGAGCAGAACACUGUCGGCUUCCUACCGGGUUUCCAGAGGUACCGGGAGUACUCAGGAGACCUGGCGGAGUUCCAUGUGCACAACAAGGUGCUGUCAGCCGAGGAGAUGCGCCGGCUGUACACGCUACAGUAUCCUGGGGACGGGGUGAACUGGAGACGCGCGACUAUUACUCCGAAAGGUCGAGUAACACGGAAGCCUUACGGGGCGUCAAUGCGUCUGAGUGUGGACAGCAGGGGCGGUAAGUAAAAAGACAUACUACCAAAGU